CUCCCUUCCCCCCGCCCCGUCUUCCCCUGCACCCUCCUUCCUCCCUCCGCCCGAGAGCUUCCCCGGUCCCCGGCGCCGCCUCCUUCCCUCCCGGCACCGUGCUCUCGCGGCCGCCGUCGCCCCGGGGAAGGAGAGACGGGGGUGGGGUUUGCGGGUAGCGAUCGAGAAGGGGAGAGACCCCGGCCAGGCAGGAGCCUGGAUUCCUGUGGAAGAAGAACAGGGGGAGGGGAAGCUGGAGGACCGGGAGGGAGAACGGGGAGCCGCGGCCGGGCCUGGGGCCUUGAGGCCCGGGGAGAGCCGCGGAGCGGGACCGGCCGCCGAGAUGCUGCUGCUGCUGCUGGUGCCUCUCUUCCUCCGCCCCCUGGGCGCUGGCGGGGCGCAGACCCCCAACGCCACCUCGGAAGGUUGCCAGAUUAUACAUCCGCCCUGGGAAGGUGGCAUCAGGUACCGUGGCUUGACUCGCGACCAGGUGAAGGCCAUCAACUUCCUGCCUGUGGACUAUGAGAUCGAAUAUGUGUGCCGAGGGGAGCGCGAGGUGGUGGGGCCCAAGGUGCGCAAAUGCCUGGCCAACGGCUCCUGGACGGAUAUGGACACACCCAGCCGCUGUGUCCGAAUCUGCUCCAAGUCUUAUUUGACCCUGGAAAAUGGGAAGGUUUUCCUGACGGGUGGGGACCUCCCAGCUCUGGAUGGAGCCCGGGUGGAGUUCCGAUGUGACCCCGACUUCCAUCUGGUGGGCAGCUCCCGGAGCGUCUGUAGUCAGGGCCAGUGGAGCACCCCCAAGCCCCACUGCCAGGUGAAUCGAACGCCACACUCAGAACGGCGUGCAGUAUACAUCGGGGCGCUGUUUCCCAUGAGCGGGGGCUGGCCGGGGGGCCAGGCCUGCCAGCCCGCGGUGGAGAUGGCGCUGGAGGACGUUAACAGCCGCAGAGACAUCCUGCCGGACUACGAGCUCAAGCUUAUCCACCACGACAGCAAGUGUGACCCAGGGCAAGCCACCAAGUACUUGUACGAACUACUCUACAAUGACCCCAUCAAGAUCAUUCUCAUGCCUGGCUGUAGUUCUGUCUCCACACUUGUAGCUGAGGCUGCCCGGAUGUGGAACCUUAUUGUGCUCUCAUAUGGCUCCAGUUCACCAGCCUUGUCAAACCGACAGCGGUUUCCCACGUUCUUCCGGACGCAUCCAUCCGCCACACUCCACAAUCCCACCCGGGUGAAACUCUUCGAAAAGUGGGGCUGGAAGAAGAUCGCUACCAUCCAACAGACCACCGAGGUCUUCACCUCAACGCUGGAUGACCUGGAGGAGCGAGUGAAAGAGGCUGGGAUCGAGAUCACUUUCCGACAGAGUUUCUUCUCGGAUCCAGCUGUGCCUGUUAAAAACCUGAAGCGUCAAGAUGCUCGAAUCAUCGUGGGACUUUUCUAUGAGACGGAAGCCCGGAAAGUUUUUUGUGAGGUCUAUAAGGAAAGGCUCUUUGGGAAGAAGUACGUCUGGUUCCUCAUCGGGUGGUAUGCUGACAACUGGUUCAAGACCUAUGACCCGUCAAUCAAUUGUACAGUGGAAGAAAUGACCGAGGCGGUGGAGGGCCACAUCACCACGGAGAUUGUCAUGCUGAACCCUGCCAACACCCGAAGCAUUUCCAACAUGACGUCACAGGAAUUUGUGGAGAAACUAACCAAGCGGCUGAAAAGACACCCCGAGGAGACUGGAGGCUUCCAGGAGGCACCACUGGCCUAUGAUGCUAUCUGGGCCUUGGCUUUGGCCUUGAACAAGACGUCUGGAGGAGGUGGUCGUUCCGGCGUGCGCCUGGAGGACUUUAACUACAACAACCAGACCAUUACAGACCAGAUCUACCGGGCCAUGAACUCCUCCUCCUUUGAGGGCGUUUCUGGCCAUGUGGUCUUUGAUGCCAGCGGCUCCCGGAUGGCAUGGACACUUAUCGAGCAGCUACAGGGCGGCAGCUACAAGAAGAUCGGCUACUACGACAGCACCAAGGAUGAUCUUUCCUGGUCCAAAACGGACAAGUGGAUUGGAGGGUCUCCCCCAGCUGACCAGACCUUGGUCAUCAAGACAUUCCGUUUCCUGUCUCAGAAACUCUUUAUCUCCGUCUCAGUUCUCUCCAGCCUGGGCAUUGUUCUUGCUGUUGUCUGUCUGUCCUUUAACAUCUACAACUCCCACGUUCGUUAUAUCCAGAACUCCCAGCCCAACCUGAACAAUCUGACUGCUGUGGGCUGCUCACUGGCACUGGCUGCUGUCUUCCCUCUCGGGCUGGAUGGUUACCACAUAGGGAGAAGCCAGUUCCCGUUUGUCUGCCAGGCCCGCCUUUGGCUCUUGGGCUUGGGCUUUAGUCUGGGCUAUGGCUCUAUGUUCACCAAGAUCUGGUGGGUCCACACAGUCUUCACGAAGAAGGAGGAGAAGAAGGAGUGGAGGAAGACCCUAGAGCCCUGGAAACUCUAUGCCACUGUGGGCCUGCUGGUGGGCAUGGAUGUCCUGACUCUUGCCAUCUGGCAGAUUGUGGACCCCUUGCACCGAACCAUUGAGACUUUUGCCAAGGAGGAACCAAAGGAAGACAUCGAUGUCUCCAUUCUGCCCCAGUUGGAGCACUGCAGCUCCAAGAAGAUGAAUACGUGGCUUGGAGAGCUUUGGUCUUUUGCUGUGAGUAGUGAUGUUCAGCGGAGGGCCACUGUAGGCGGUGACUCACCCAUCUGUGUCUGGCCAGCUCCUGAGAGCAUUUUCUAUGGUUACAAGGGGCUGCUGCUGCUGCUGGGAAUCUUUCUUGCUUACGAAACCAAGAGCGUGUCCACUGAAAAGAUCAAUGACCACAGGGCCGUGGGCAUGGCUAUCUACAAUGUCGCGGUCCUGUGUCUCAUCACUGCUCCUGUGACCAUGAUCCUUUCCAGUCAGCAGGACGCAGCCUUUGCCUUUGCCUCUCUGGCCAUCGUGUUCUCUUCCUACAUCACUCUGGUUGUGCUCUUUGUGCCCAAGAUGCGCAGGCUGAUCACCCGAGGGGAAUGGCAGUCUGAAACGCAGGACACCAUGAAAACAGGAUCAUCCACCAACAACAACGAGGAAGAGAAGUCCCGACUGUUGGAGAAGGAAAACCGAGAACUGGAAAAGAUCAUCGCUGAGAAAGAGGAGCGCGUCUCUGAACUGCGCCAUCAGCUCCAGUCUCGGCAGCAACUCCGCUCACGGCGCCACCCCCCAACACCCCCAGAUCCCUCUGGGGGCCUUCCCAGGGGACCCUCUGAGCCCCCUGACCGGCUUAGCUGUGAUGGGAGUCGAGUACAUUUGCUUUACAAGUGAGGGGGCAUGGAGAAGGAUCAAGCCAGUAGGGGAGGGAAGGGUCUGGGAAGAGGGUGGGGGCCUGGGAGGAGGGUAAGGACUCCUAUCUCCAACCUGGAGAGCACACGCUCCAAUCCCCCUCUUAUAAAUACAUGUCGCUCUGUGCAUCUGGGGUUAUUUGGGUCUCCAGUACUCUGGGAAACAGACUGUUUUCUUUCUCCCCUAUAAUUUUAUAUCUCCACUUCACAGGUUUUGUUUGAACCCUGCUUGGAGUUAUUAUUCACUCAUGGCUCCAGAGGGGCAUCUCAUUUUUCUCCGGUAGCCUGUCUUGUACAGUUACCACAGCAACUCCUGUCAUUUCAGCAGCAGGGGUCUUCCUACACUAGCAGGGCUCUCGCUCUCUCCAUUUUUCAGCCUCAGAAUCUCCUUCCAUUAUUCUUCUCCUUCUACAUGUCUCCAUGGCUUCCUCUCCCAGGGGACUCGUUCUACACACACACACACACACACACACACACACACACACACACACACACACACCCCGCAUCCUGCCCUCUCCUAGGCAGCUGCAUGUCGUCCUGUACAAAUGUGCUCGCUUCUGAGUGCUUUGUGCGGCCGUUCACUUGUGCUGUCUGCAUAAGCUGCGUCUGUGAGUGCACGGUGGUUUGUGGGUGCGUGAAGUGGCAUGCUCCGGUAGGUGUGUAUGAUGCGUUGAGCACGCUACGCUGUCUCCCUCAUGUGCACGCAUUGUGUCUGCUUAUGUUUUACUUGUAUGCCUCUGUGUACUGUGUGUGUGUGUGUGUGCCCACGCGUGCGCCCGUGUGCAUGCGUUCGUGUUGCCCUGACUGGCUGUCUCAGCCUUCUGAGUAAUUGGGAUUCCAGUUGUCUGUCUAGCUCAUGUCCUGUCUUCUUCCAGUAGAGCCGUGAACACCCAACACACACAGUUAAUCGGGCUCCCCCCAGUCCAUGUUUUCUGAGCCAUCCAAAAACUCUCCUUGGCCUUAGGUUCAUCCGCAGAUGUUCCCUCUGUUCUUUGCUCUCGUGCGUCCACCUUCAUUCUCUUCAGUCAUUUCUCAGAUCUGCUGCGUCGUGGUUUCCUUUCCUUCAUUAUCAUCGUCAUUAUUUUUCAGAACUUAAGGGAAAAAGAAAUGGGGACAGGUUGGAGGCUGUUUCCAGUGGAAUAGUGGGUGCGAGUCCUGACCAAAUGAAGGCACGGACAGAUGGACUGACGGGGCGGGAGGCGGCGUCCCUUUCACACUGUGGUGUCUCUUGGGGGGGAAGGAUCUCCCCGAAUCUCAAUAAAGCAGUGAACAGUA